AUGGCACCUAGAGCUCAAGUUUCUGUUGAAUCAGCAGUUAAUGCUUUAAAAAAGCACAUAAAAUAUUUUAUUCCUCCUGAGAAACCCAAAUGGUCUUCGAAAAUUUGGCGAAUAAUUUCUGACGAAUUAGGAAAUCAGUGGAAUGAAAAUGCUGUUCGUACGAAUGUAAAUCAAAACAGAAGAAAUAUAUUAUCAAUUGCCCUGCAAGAAUGUGGAUAUUUCAGGGGUGAAAUUAAUACUGAAUCGAGUAAAUAUGAUGAUCUUCAAGAUGAAAAUGUUGACAGCAGUAGCAGUGACGAAGAUGACGAUAGUAAUGAUCCAGACUAUUGUGAUCAAGCAGCUUAUUUUAAUAAUAUUGAGGAGAUUCAAGAAUUUGAUGUUGAAAUAUCCAAAGAAUUGUGGAAUAGUGUUGUGAAACCUAGUGCUGGUAACAGUCAACCCAAGCUUAAUAAAGGAGCUUGGACGAGCAUUAUUGCAUAUGCCUUCUGGGAGCAAUACCGACUAAAAUGUUGUUUUAUAUUCGAUAAAGGCUAUAUCAAUGUGAAUGUAAAAGCCCACUGCAAGAGUAAAAAAUGUGGCAAUCGGUUAUUUGGAUUUAUAGAAGGUGUUCCCUUUGACGAAGGUCCCGUAUAUAUAAAAAUUAAAUGCUGUGAUACUAGAUUUAUAGAAAAGCACGAAGAUUUUCAAAGGCCACUUCGAGGCGAAACAAGAAAAGCAGUGAGUCAACAAGUAAGAAAUCUUGGUGUCCAUGCGUAUAAUCGACGAGCAGCUAUCAAAUUAUUAAGGUCUGGUGAUACUGCGUGUCCCUUCCUUUAUAAACCAAAUGUUCUGCAUCAAGCAAAAAAGCAAUUUCUCGAUAAUGAACGAGGUAUAAAGCCGAUCGAUAGAAAAGAUAUUUUCCCAGCAAUUGAUCGUAUAAAUGAAAAUCCUCUUUAUAGAAAUUCUAUCUUAUUGGUAGGCAAACCAUUUUUUGUUUUUUAUGCCACACAGUCUCAAAUGCAUUGUUAUAAGGAAUACCGCCGUCUGAAUAAAAAAUCAUCUAUUUGUAUAGACGCAACAGGGGGCCUUGUCCGUAAAAUAAUUUCUGAAGGUAAAAAAAGUUCAUACAUAUUUUUAUAUCAAAUUGUGAUCAACUUUAAUAAGACCUCGCAAUGUGUCUACCAAAUGCUAACAGAGAUGCAAGAUGCUCAUACUAUAACUAUGUGGUUAAAUAAGUGGGUUAGUGCAGUAAAAUUAUUACCCCAUGAAGCUGUCUCUGACGGAUCCCGUGCUCAGCUGAAUGCCAUGUCAAGAGCUUUUAAUGACAUGUCUUUGAAACAGUACAUUAAACUAUGUUUUGAAAGCAUUAAAAAUCCACAAAAGCUCACGGAUAUUAAAACUUAUAUUAGAUUGGAUGUGGCUCAUUUUGUUCAUACCAUUACGGGCUGGAGUUGUUUCAAAUCUGCAGUACAUCCAUCUGUGAAAAAGUUUUAUAUCUAUUGUAUUUGUCUUUUGAUUGACUGCAAAGAGUUUUCAAAAUUCGAAAGAAUUCUAAUGUUAAUUUUAAUUAUCUCCAACACUGCUCAUGAAGAUAGUGUUGUUUAUGUAAAAGAUGAAAAAUUUACUCCUCUCACCGCAAGAACGGAGUUAGAAAAUUUAAUCAUGUCCAGAAAGGUGGAAGAAUUUUUUUUAAAUGUAAGUGAGCAAAUCGAAAAAAUGGAAGUAGAUCCCGAAAAAAAUAAAUUCAGAGAUACUGAGCUUGAAAAUUCUGAAAAAGACUCAGUAUCAAUUUCAUGUUGGAUAAAGAAUUUAUUAAAGGUGUCAAAAAAUGUUUUUUAUCAAGGCAACAACCUUCAAAGUUUUUUCUUACCUGCAUUAGAGAAUCCACUUGUAGAAGCGGUCGUAGAGUUUCCUUUGUGGACUAACAUUUGCAUUCCUCAUUCUGACGUACUAGGAACAUCAAGCUACAUUGAAGAAGAUUUUAAAGACCUAAAGGAAGCCAUGAGACGUCAAGUUUCUCUGCCAACAGAUGUUUAUACCUUUUUAAAACUGCAUCUAGAUUAUUUAAUUGGUGGAGUAAGUUUAUUCAGGAUGAAGAUUACAAAAUUUAUUGACGAACAUAUUAACAAUACUGAAAAAAGUCUCCCCGAUCUUUUAAAUUGUAACUUAAGUGAAAUAAAUGUAGAAGAAGAUGAUUCUUCUAAGAAUUUGAUGAAAGAAGAAGAAAAAAACAAAUAUAAGAGCUCUGAUAGUGAGCUUAUGGAUACUACUAAUACUUCACUAAGUAAAAUAAUUGUAAAAGAGGAUGAUUCUUUUAAGAAUUCGAUGAAAGGAGAAGAAAAAAAAAAUAACAGCUCUGAUAGUGAGCCCAUAGACACUACUAAUACUUCAAAUCAAUUUGAUCAAGGGGUUUCAAUUACUUCUGAUAUUAAUAAACAGAUAAAAUUUGAUCUUAAUACUGAUAACAGUGUGAAUGUAAAUUAUAAUUUAAGUGAUAUAAUUGAAAAAAAAAAUAAAAAUGAUCCUUUUGAAAAUUGGCGAGGAAAAGGUAAAAAUAAUAAACUGAAUCCAUUUGAUUGGAUGUCAUCUGGGGAAUCAGCUGAUGGUAAUGAAGCUAAACCAGAAAUUAGAACUAAUUUCAUACCAAAAGAUGUUGGUAAAUUUAGUAAUAUCACUCAUGUAAAUGAUGAUAUUAAUCUCAAUAAUGCUAACAGCAAAAUCAAGCUCGCUAAUAAUUAUCCAAAGGAUCAUGAUAGUAAUAUAAAGACUUAUCAGGUCGAUGAUGACUCUCGCGGUAUCACAAAAACAAAAGCCCUAAAAGAUCAUGAUUAUGGAUUCACUACAAGUACACCAUUAGAAGACAAAAAACCAAAAAAAACUUUAGCUGCUGCAAUAGAUAAAAUAUCUAGACAAAAUAUUAAUUCUGGAAAAUAUUUUAAUGAUUGUCCAGAAAUGAAAUUACAAAACAAGUUUGUUGAAGCUAGAAAGGAAUCUGUUACAUCUGAAGAAAAGUAA